AUGUGCAGCAAGGCAGGAUUGAAGUAUACAGCUGGCGCCAUCGCUAUCUUUGUGCUUUUGAUUGCUCUCUCGUUCGUUAUCUUGAUAAUAUUCAAACCCAGUUAUGAUCGUUCACUUCUCAUAAAUUUCCAGCCUGGUGAUCUCAAGUUGUUAGGAGUAAUCGCGAUUUUUCGGCAUGGUGCUCGAGCUCCAGUGGAUUAUCUCGACACUGACUUGUCGGAAGGUUUUCCGAAUGGCAAAGGCGAGCUAUCAGACGUGAGCGAUAUUUCUGACAUGCGUAAAACAAGCAGCUUCAAUACUCUUAGCAUUGCUUCACGACCUCUCACGCGUUUGCAUUGA